GAAGUAACUACAUGGAAUUUGUACAGUAUUCCACGUGCGACAGCAUUUCAGUCACAUUGGCAGGUUCAGCGUUUGACGAUGAAACGACCUAAGUUAAAGAAAGCCAGUAAGCGGCUCAGUUGUUCCAAACGUUAUAAAAUACAGAAGAAGGUCCGCGAGCACAACAGAAAACUAAGAAAGGAGGCCAAGAAGAAAGGAGUGAAACAGCACGUCAAGAAGGAUCUUGGAGUGCCUAGUAGCGCUCCCUUCAAAGAGGAGGUCCUCAGAGAAGCAGAGCAGAGGAGGCUACAGAUUGAAGAAGAAAAGGAACAAAAGAGACAAGCUAAAAGGGAAGAGCGAGCCCAGAAAAGGAAGAAAGAAAAGGAGGCUGCAAGUAAAGAAACCGAACCUAAGACUAAGAAGACUCGAAAGGACAAAGAGGAGAAACACACUGCCCUAAACAGGGGCUCAAAACAGUUUCUUUGUGCAGAACUAAAUAAGGUACUUGAUGCAUCUGAUGUAGUAAUAGAAGUCCUUGAUGCUCGGGAUCCGCUGGGAUGCAGGUGUCCACAGUUGGAGGAGGCUGUGUUGCAGCGAGAAAGCAACAAAAAAUUACUUUUGGUUUUAAACAAAAUAGAUCUGGUACCCAAGGACAAUGUUAAAAAGUGGAUGGAGUGUUUACAACAGGAGUUUCCAGUUGUGGCUUUCAAAGCAUCAGUACAAAUGCGGGACAGAACAGUGCAAGCCAAAAAGAGCAGAAUAGUGGCCUCCAAUGAAGUACUGGACAAAUCAAGGGGUGCAGCAUGUUUUGGUAACAUUUGUCUUACUGAGCUGCUCACAAGUUAUGCUGCUAAAACACAGAGUGAAGCUGCACUCAAAGUGGGUAUAGUGGGAUUUCCUAAUGUAGGGAAGAGCAGCCUGAUUAACAGCAUGAAGGGAAUGCUGGCCUGUAAUGUUGGCAUAAAGAGAGGCCUCACAAAAUCCAUGCAGCAGGUGCACAUCUUGAAGAAUGUAAAGCUAAUAGACAGCCCAGGAAUUGUGGCGUCACCAUCCAAUCCACAAUCCUCAAUGGCAUUGAGGAGCCUGGAGGUGGAGGAGGGUCAUGAAGAGAGUGUGAAGGAUGCUGUAAACACCCUGCUAGGGCAGUGUGACAAGACCCAGAUAAUGCUUCAGUAUAACAUCCCAGACUAUAGAAAUUCUCUGGAGUUUUUGACCCUGUUGGCUAAAAAGCGUGGUUACCUACAGAAAGGUGGUGCUCCUAAUACGGAGCAGGCAGCCACUACUUUCCUUGGUGAUUGGACAGGAAACAAACUAAGCUACCACUGUAAAGUACCGGGGACCCACUGCCUCCCUACCUACAUGUCUGACGCUGUGGUCGAUGAGAUGCACAAGGACUGGGAUCUUAACAAAUUGAGGGCAGGAAAUGAGGAAACACUCAAAGGUGUUAAAUUUCCAAACCAGGCUAGUAGUAUAAGCUUCACCUCUGAAGGUCCAACAGAAGGUCUGCUGAGAGUGGCUGAUAUAGCUGAAGAGAAGCCCGGCCCUGCAGCCUUAGAGGGAGAUUUGGAGCAAAAUGACGAGAAUGAUGAGCCUGAACAAACUCCUGUGGACUCCAAAGAAGCAGAGGAGCUGGAGACCCCAAAACCCCAGAAGACAUCACUUAAAAAAAAAAACAGUCGGGUGCAGUUUGAGUCGGUUCCCAUUGACUACAGCUUGACUACAGCUAAUACGGAUGAUGCCUAUGACUUCAACACAGAUUUUAAAUGAGCUUUCUCUCCAUGCUGAGCUAAUCCCUGAACUUGUGUAGUUUAAUGGACAUUCUGACCUGGCUUUAAGAUACAGGAAAAUACUGAUGGUCACUUUCAAGAUGCCUUUGACCAUUUGCCUGCUGUUUACUGAUAUAAGUUAACUUCACAAGCCCUUCCUCUUAAAGCAAACAUACAUAUACAUAUCUAGUGGCCAUAUUUUCCAUGUAUUGGUAAGUUUUCCAGUUGUAAACAUUUGUAGGUCACUUGUAAUAUCAAUGCAGAAUACUGUAUAUACAAUAACCUGUACAUGUAUUAAUUAAAAAACCUGCUUUUUCCUCAA